GCCUCUGAUGGAUUACUUAUCAUCAUGCACCACUUCCUGGUCUUUAUCUAAAAACGUAGAUGAUUCCAACCUGAACAGGUGUUUUGUUUUUAAUUGGGGUUUAAAAUGCCCCCCACUAAGAGCUGUGAGGUGGCUGUAGUUUUCUUCUGUCUUUUUCUCAUUGUUAACUGUAAGUUUCUCACUCUGGAUCACAUCCAGCCAAAGGUUGGCGACGAGGAGCAGGCGCGAGCGGUGUCCGGGCUGCUGAGGCGGCUGCUGGGGAACAGAUCCACGGAGUUCAUAGUGUCAGUCAACAGGAGCCUCUCCAAUGACAGCCUGGAUGUUUGUGAGCUCAGAUCAGCUAAAAACAAUAAGAUUGUGGCGACAGGCAGCACCGGAGUGGCCCUGGCUUCUGGGAUCUAUAACUAUCUGAAAUAUUUUUGUAAUUGCCAUGUUUCCUGGUCGGGGAACCAGCUAGCAGUCCCAAGUCCUCUGCCACAGCUUAACGACGUGCUGCGCAUCAACACCCCUCACAGAUUCCGGUAUUACCAGAACGUCUGCACCGUCAGUUACUCCUUUGUGUGGUGGGACUGGCCAAGAUGGGAGAAGGAGAUCGACUGGAUGGCUCUGAAUGGAAUCAAUCUGCCUCUGGCUUUCACUGGCCAAGAAGCUCUGUGGCAAGAGGUGUACCGAGCUCUUGGAUUGAACGAGUCGGAGCUGGAAGAGUUCUUCUCUGGACCGGCGUUUCUUGCCUGGAACCGGAUGGCUAACAUGGACAAGUUUGGUGGGCCUCUGCCUCAGUCCUGGCAUGUGAACCAACUGUACCUCCAAUUUAAAAUCUUAGAGCGGAUGAGAGCUUUUGGAAUGAUACCUGUGCUGCCAGCCUUCUCAGGGAACGUUCCCAGAGGAAUUCUCAGGUUGUACCCGAAAGCCAAUGUUACCAGGUUGGGACCGUGGGCACAUUUCAACUGCAGCUUCUCAUGCUCCUACAUCCUGGAUCCAAGGGACCCGCUUUUUCUCCAGAUUGGCACCCUCUAUCUGUCUGAGGUGGUAAAGCAGUUUGGCACAGACCAUAUCUACAACACUGACACCUUCAAUGAGAUGACCCCACCUUCUUCUGACCCCACCUACCUAUCUGCAGUCAGCCGCUCUGUCUUUGCCUCAAUGACUGCCGUUGAUCCUAAUGCGAUCUGGUUGAUGCAAGGCUGGCUGUUCUUCAGCGAUCAGACGUUCUGGAAGCCGCCACAGAUCCAGGCUCUACUCCACGGAGUUCCCCUGGGAAGAAUGAUUGUACUAGAUCUGUUUGCAGAGGCCGAUCCAGUUUUCACAUACACAGAGUCUUUCUAUGGACAGCCCUUCAUCUGGUGUAUGCUGAACAACUUUGGGGGCAACAAUGGAUUUUUUGGCACAAUUGAAAGCAUCAACUCAGGGCCUUUUAAAGCCCUACACUUCCCAAACUCCACUCUGGUAGGAAUAGGCAUGACACCUGAGGGUAUUGAGCAGAAUCCUGUUAUCUAUGAGUUAAUGAGUGAACUGGCAUGGCGCAAAGAGCCAGUCAACCUUGCAAAGUGGGUGUCCCUGUAUGCAGUACGGCGCUACGGUGGCAUGAAUGAUAACCUGACAGCUGCAUGGAAGCUCCUAUUCACCAGUGUGUAUAACUGCACCAUAGCGGGGUAUGUCAAUCACAAUCACAGCCCUCUCGUACGCAGGCCCUCUUUUCGGAUGAGAACAGACCUGUGGUAUGAUCCUGCUGAGCUGUUUGAAGCCUGGAGACUCUUCAUGGAAGCGGCUCCUUCUUUUAUGUCCAAAGAGACCUUCCAGUACGAUCUAGUCGAUGUAACCCGGCAAGUCCUGCAAGUUCUGACAUCGUCUUUUUACCAGGAUAUCGCAGACGCCUUCGCCAAUAAAAAAAUGCCAGAGCUGCUGACUGUGGGUGGCGUGCUGGUGUAUGACCUCCUGCCUGAACUCAACCGACUGUUGAGUAGCAACCAGAACUUCCUGUUAGGGACGUGGCUGGAGCGAGCCCAAUCCAAGGCCCUGAACGAGAGAGAGGCACAACUUUACGACAUGAACGCCAGGAACCAAGUCACUCUGUGGGGUCCCAGCGGCGAGAUCCUGGACUAUGCUAACAAACAGUGGGGGGGUCUUAUCGAAGACUACUAUGCUCAGCGGUGGGGGUUGUUUGUCCAAAUGCUGGUGGAGUGUCUGGACCGUGGACUUCCAUACAAGCAGGAUACCUUCAACCAGGCAGUUUUCCAGGUUGAACAGGGAUUCAUUUACAAUGGCAGGAAGUACCCAACCAAACCUCAGGGAGACACUUAUGAGAUCGCCCACAGAAUUUUCCUCAAGUACUACCCUCAAGCCAUGAAGAGACUACAACAAAUGGACAAAUGGAAGAAAACUCUCCCAUCUCCCCCAUCCCAUGACUGUCCCAGUGCAUCGGCAAAUAGAUACUGUCCAGAUAUAUACUGAAAUAAUCUGUUGGUAUGAUUUAUUGAAAUGAGCAGCUGAUUGGUGUGUGUGGUUUUAUUGGGAAUAACUGUUAAUUUACUGAUCACUUUUACAAAAAUACUUUUUUAAAAAGGAGCAUAUUAAGGCUGCAGUAUGUAAUGUUUAUAAAAAAAAGGUUUUUUAG